CCUCUUUGUUCCUUGUGUUAAUCUUACCACAUUGCACCUGGCAUUGGCAGAAUGAAAUUGGAAGAGAAUCAAGCCUUUCUGACUUUCCAUGAAUCAGGAUCAGCUAUUUUUGACAAUGGCAACUGCAACCGCUCUGAAGGCCUCCGAAGUAGAAAUUCUAUCAUUAUUUCCCAGGCAGCAAGUCGUAGUAUCUUUAGCUCCAAGAUCUCACCAGCAGCAGAAAGAGUUGGAUUUAUGUUGGGGGAACACGAUGAGGAAGAGAAAGAGGAAUCACUACCCCGCUUGUUUACUCAGUUAAAUGAGCUUUUCACUGUAAAUGAGGAUAUGGAAUGGAGAGAAACUGCAAGAUGGAUUCGUUUUGAAGAGAAGACAGAAGAUGGGGGAGAGAGAUGGAGUAAACCCCAUGUUACAACACUUUCCUUACAUAGUAUAUUUGAAUUACGAACAUGCAUUGAAAAAGGAACCAUUUUGCUGGAUACUAAAAAAGGCAGUUUUAAAGAAAUUAUAGAAACUGUAAUGAAUAGAAAAAUUGCUAAUAAUACAUUAAAUGAAGAUGAAAAGGAAAGAAUCAUGUAUACCCUUCUUCAAAAGCAUGUACACCAGCCUAAAAAGUCACGUAGAAAAACCAUGACAAAUAUGAUUACAUCUUCAUGCAGAGGUAAGAAAGCCGCUGAGAAAAGUGCAGUUGUUGAACUUUCAGAAACACCUUUAAAAGAACAGUUGAAGAAUAAAUUCAGAAAAAAAAUACCAGAUGGAACAGAAGCAGCAAACAUACUUGUUGGUGAAGUAGAUUUCUUAAAUCGUCCAUUUACAGCUUUCAUUAGAUUGAAGGAGGCAGUACUGCUCGGCUCUCUGACAGAAGUUGCUCUUCCCAGCAGGUUUGUGUUUAUACUUUUGGGUCCGAAAGUCAAAAUGAAAGCCUACCAUGAGAUUGGGAGAGCCAUGGCUACAUUAUUUACAGAUGAGCUAUUCCAGAAAAUUGCACACAAGGCCACGGAUAAAGAAGAGUUAAUAGCUGGAAUUGAUGAAUUUUUAGAUGAACUCACUGUUUUGCCACCCGGUAAAUGGGAUCCUACUGUAAGGAUACAGCCACCAAAAUUUUUGCCCUCUCCACUAAAAAGGAAACAAAUGCUACUUAGAGGAUCCAGCUGCAAUGGAAGUUUACAUCAUCAUGAGGAGAAACUCGCUCAUGGGCACCCGCAUGUCAGUGAGGAGCUCAAAAAAACUGGAAAGUUUUUUGGAGGUCUAAUCAAAGAUAUCAAAAGAAAGGCGCCAUGGUACUGGAGUGAUUUUUAUGAUGCGCUCAAUAUACAAUGCCUUUCCGCUAUUUUAUUUAUUUAUUUGGCCACUAUAACAAAUUCAAUUACGUUUGGUGGAAUGUUGGGAGAUUCUACUGAUAACAUGCAGGGUGUCCUGGAAAACUUCUUGGGCACUGCAAUCUGUGGCGGAAUAUUCUGUCUUUUUGCUGGCCAGCCUCUUACCAUAAUCAGUAGCACAGGACCUGUCCUUGUUUUUGAGAGACUCUUGUUCAACUUCAGCAAAGAUUACAAUUUUUCAUAUUUGGAAUUUCGUCUAUGGAUUGGACUUUGGGUGUCUUUCUACUGCCUGAUUUUAGUUGCAACGAAUGCUAGCUACUUGGUGCAAUAUUUCACGCGUUUCACUGAAGAAUGUUUCUGUGCACUUAUAAGCUGUAUUUUCAUAUAUGAUGCAUUAAAAAAGAUGAUCAAUAUGACCUACCAAUUUCCUGUCAAUUGGGAUUAUAAUAUAAAUCAUGUCACACAAUACAACUGCAAAUGUGUUUUUCCAGAAACAGCCAAUUACUCAUUGGUGAAUGCCACACUAUAUAACAACAGUGAUUCUUGCUUCAAUGGGGAUAUUCCACCUUUAAAUUGCUCAGAGAUCUCUCAAAGUGAGUGCUUGGAGUUUGGAGGACACCUAGAGGGAAAUAGCUGCAAUUACGUUCCUGACAUUUUUCUAAUGUCAAUAAUACUUUUUUGUGGAACCUUUUUAUUCUCAAUGUCACUUAAAAAAUUCCAAACCAGUAGAUACCUUUCUGCAUCGAUAAGGAAACUGAUCGGUGAUUUUUCAGUGAUAUUGACAAUUUUAUUCUUCUGUGGAGUUGAUUUUCUUUGUGGAUUGGAGACACCCAAGCUUAUUGUUCCAAAUGAAUUUAAGCCAACCAAUCCUACAAGGUCUUGGUUUGUGUUUCCAUUUGGAGGAAAUCCAUGGUGGGUGUGCCUACUUUCUGGUGUUCCCGCAAUUUUGAUCACUAUCCUGAUUUUUAUGGAUCAGCAGAUCACUGCUGUUAUUCUUAACCGCAAGGAAUACAAGCUAAAGAAAGGGGGAGGCCUUCAUUUGGAUUUUUUCUGUAUAGCUAUUCUCUUCAUUGUGACAUCAUUUAUGGGACUCCCAUGGUUUGUCUCUGCAACUGUGAUUUCUAUUGCCCAUAUGAACAGCUUGAAAAUGGAGACCACAACAUCAGCUCCAGGGGAACAGCCAAAAUUCUUGGGAAUCAGAGAGCAAAGGGUCACAGGAUUAGUUGUCUUUAUCCUCACUGGAGCUUCUGUGUUUUUGUCACCAGUUCUCAAGUAUAUUCCUAUGCCCGUACUAUAUGGAAUAUUUCUUCAGAUGGGCGUGGCUGCUCUGGGGAGCAUACAAUUCACAGAUCGACUGCACCUGCUAUUCAUCCCACCCAAAUAUCAACCAGAUCUGAUCUACCUUCGGCAUGUCCCAUUAAGGAGGGUUCAUUUAUUUACUGUAAUUCAAAUGCUGUGUUUGGUCAUUUUAUGGAUAUUAAAAUCAACAAUAGCUGCAAUUAUCUUCCCAUUAAUGUUGCUUGCUCUUGCUGUUAUAAGAAAGGCAAUGGAGUGGUUCAUGUCUUUACAUGACCUCAGCUGGCUCGAUGACAUUUUGCCACAGAGCGAUAAGAAGGAAAAAGAAGCAGAAAAUGAAGAAACUGAUUCAAGUGACAGUGAAAUUUCUGAAUUAAAAUAUCAAGACAAAAUGCCAGAAAUAAAUAUCUCAGUUAACUAGUAUUUGGAAUAUGACAUGGUUGAAGAAGAUAUUUUUUCACAACUUCUGAAUUAAAAAAAUCAGGUGGAAAUUACAGAAUCUCCAAUGCAUGAAAUUACCUAGACCGACAAGAAGCAACUCUUUCUUCAAGAACAAAAUAUUAUGUAUAUUUUAUUUGUAAUCUAGUAUGUUUAGUAUAGUGUAGAAUUUUUUUCUAUAUUAUUUUAUUACAUUAUUUUUUUAUUUAUUUUUUUAUUUCAACAUUUGCAUAGUCAUUGUUGUGAGUCGUACAUUUAAUUACUGACGAUGCAUACUUGUAGACAUUUAAUGUACAAAUGUAUUAUUGCACUUUGUUUUUAUAUUGUAAUAAUUAAACAACAUUUAAUUUAUGUAUUACUAAAUGAUCAACACUGGCAUUUUUGUAAUAUUUUACAAUACAAUAAAAUUGUUACUUUUGUCAGGUUUUA